GUAAUCUUAUCUUCCAAAACAGAGCGUGAAUCAGCUGGCGAUGGAAACAAGAAAAGUAAUGAAAGGGAAUCAUUCCAGAAAAACUGCGGCAUUCGUCAGGGCUUGUGUUGCCUUCUGCUUCAUAACGAUCCCAUCACUGACUGGCAUUUUUAUCCGUCUCAAUUUAUACCUGCAUUCUGGACAAGUUGCUCUGGCGAAUCAGUGCCUUUCACAAGCGGACGCCUUUUUCAGAGCGGCAAUCAGCCUGGUUCCCGAGGUACCCAAGAUGAUCAGCAUAGACGGGAAGCUGCGGCCUUCGGAAGCCUACCUCCUGGAAUUCCUCUGCAACUUCUUUUCAACUUUGUUAAUCGUUCCCGUAAGUGGAGAAGAUAAGGAGGCUGGUAGCGCCCAUUAGUGAUUGCCAGCUGCAGGUUGGCCCAGAUGCUCAGACAAGACAGGGCUUUCUAGCUGAAUGCGUGGGAGAAAGAAGGAAGAAGCAGACGGCUUUCAAAUCAAAUCGCUCGGGUGGGCUGCUAUGAGUUCGAACUCGAAGUGUUAUGGCCGAUUCGGAGAA